UUAUAUAAUCAAGCUUUCCAUACAUUUUCACUAAAAUACUUUGUUGACAAAUUGUUAUGAUUAGGUAUCAGAUGACCAGUUAUAUUUGACAAUCUAUGAGUUGAAAUAGCAGGACUAAGAUGUCUAAAAGAGGAUUCCGAGAACGUCUUGCUGCCGGGGAAACCAUUGUUAUUGCUGAGGGCUAUUUAUUUGAGUUUGAAAGGAGAGGUUACGUGCGUGCUGGAUGUUUUGUUCCUGAAGUAGUAUUGGAAUUUCCAGAACAACUUAGAGCUUUACACGAAGAGUUCGUACAUGCCGGAAGUGACGUUGUCCAAGCAUAUACGUACUAUGGUCACCGAGCAAAACUACGAGUGGUUGGAAGGGAAGAUGAACUUGAAACAUUGAACUUUAAAGCACUAGAUAUAGCCAAAGAAGUAGCAGACAAACAUAAUAAAUUACUGGCUGGAGGUAUAUCUAACACAACCAUCUUUAACAGACAUGAUCCAAAAACUAUAGAGGAAGCUAGAAGUAUAUUUAAGGAACAAAUUGAGUGGGCCGUGACGAGAGAUGUUGACUUUAUUAUUGGUGAGACGUUUCCAGAUUUUGCAGAGGCUCUUUUAGCUCUAGAGUGUAUUAAAGAAUACGGAAAAGUUCCAGCCGUUAUUACUUUCUGUUCCACCGAAACAAAUAUAACACACGAUGGUGUGCCAAUACCAGAAGCAUGUAGAAAGCUCGAGGAGGCUGGAGCCGAUGUAGUUGGAGUGAACUGUAGCAGAGGGCCAGUUACCAUGAUGCCUCUUGUCAAAGAAAUCAUGAAGGUUUGCAAGGGACCAGUGGCAAUGUUACCCGUUGUUUACUGUACAACGUGUAAAGAACCAACAAUGCAGGCUUUAACUAUACCAGGAACAGGUAAACCAGCAUUUCCAGUAGACUUGCCAGGAGUUGCAUGUACUAGAACACAAAUAAAAGAAUUUGCUGAAGAAGCAAAAGCACUAGGAAUACAGUAUAUUGGUUUGUGUUGUGGUAAUGCCUCUCACUACAUGCGUAUUUUAGCAGAUGUAUAUGGGAAGGAUCCACCUGCAAACAAAUUCUCUCCAAACAUGGACCAGCACUAUUCAUUCGGUGAUGAUAAACAUAGGAACGAUUACUAUAAUGAUCUCUUUGAAACAAAGCUUAAAGAUAACAAGGCUAAAUAAUUUAGCACAAACUUGUUUGACAUUUACUGGUAUCUAUAAAUAAACUUGAUAAUUUUUUAUUUAUUUCGUAUAUAUAUGUAUUUGAAAUUUUGUGGUCACCUUUUGCCAUGCAAACCAUAAUUCAUUUUUGUAUAAAAUACGUAGUCCUUUGCAAUGAU